AAAAAAAGUUGAAAAUGUUCAAUAGAACAAAAGUUAUAGCAAUUGUCAGUUCAUCGAGAAACACCCUGUAUAAAUAAUAAUAUAAUAAUUUUUUUUUUAAUUAAGUAGCACCAGGCAAACAUUUUGGAUUUUUGAAAUAUGUCAUGGAACAAGUGAAACAUCCUUACUGACCAAAACAGUGUUUUUUAAAAAACGCAAUUAAUUCAACUAAUUAUUUUUCGCUAUAUACACAAGACAAAAUAAUUAGUAUGCAUUUUUGAAAAUUAUACUUAACCUAAAAAAUUUGAAAACUUUAAAAAUUGUAUUUAAAUUGUAGAAGAUAAUAGUAAUACAAUAUAUUUUAUUUGUAUAAUAUUGACAAGUUAGCAUAAAAUAUAAAAUUUAAAUCAUAUUAGAAAAUAAUAUAAAAUUAACCUUUUUCUGAACUACUAGGGGAAAGGUGUACAAAGUGGUCAUAGCGGGUAAAGUGGUCAUGUCUUAUUAUUCUGUUGGAAAUAAAUAAACAGCUGGUUUCAUCACGUGGAUUGGUUCAUUGUUAUCAUAUUUAUCAACUGAUAAACCACUAUUGAUAAAAACAUUUACCGUUUCGGUUUAAAAAAAAAAAAUCAUUUUUGUAUGCUGUUGAUGUAAGAAAUGUUAAGAUGCCUUUCAAAUACAAAAGAACUUCAAAUCAGCAAAGCUGGAAUGCAGUGAGUAUGAAAAAAGCAAUUGAGUCGGUUAAAAAUAAAAAAAUGUGUUAUAAUGAAGCUGCUAAAUAUUUCAACGUCCCAAGAACAACAUUAAUAAGAAGAGUUAGAGAUGUUAAUAUUGAUGCAACAGGUAACAAAAAAAUUCUUGGCCGAUUUCGUUCUGUUUUCACUAAUGACCAAGAACAAGAAAUUGUAAAUUAUCUGAUUGAUAUGGAAAAAAGAUUUUAUGGACUAACAAUAAACAAUAUCCAAACAUUAGCUUUUGAAUUAGCUGAAAAAAAUAAUAUUUCGCACAACUUCAGUGUUACAAAAAAAAUGGCUGGUAAAGACUGGGUAAAAGGAUUCCGAAAGCGCCAUCCAGAGAUAACACUUAGAUCUCCAGAAGCUACAUCAUCUGCUAGAGCUCAGGCGUUUAACCGUCCAAAUGUAAUGAAAUUUUUUACUAUUUUACAAAAUGUACAGCAAAAAAACAGAUUCUUACCACAUAGAGUUUUUAAUGUUGAUGAGACUGGACUAACCACAGUACAAUCAAAAUGUUCCAAAAUUUUGGCAUUAAAAGGAAGAAGACAAGUAGGUUCUCUAACUUCAGCAGAGAGAGGUGUCUUGUCAACAAUUGUAGUCUGUAUGUCAGCUGGUGGAAAUUUUAUACCUCCCAUGAUAAUUUUUCCUAGGGUGAGAAUGAAAGCUGAACUAAAGGAUGGUGCUCCUCCAGGAACUAUUUUUCAUUGUCACCCAUCUGGAUGGAUGCAAUUAGACAUUUUUACAGAAUGGUUUCAACAUUUUAUUAAUCAUGCUAAACCAACAGCAGAAGAUCCAGUUCUGCUUAUACUAGAUGGCCAUAUGACUCACACAAGGAAUUUACAGUUUAUUGAUUUGGCAAGGAAAAUCAUACCACUGUUGUAUGCUUACCACCACAUUGUAGCCACAAGUUGCAGCCAUUGGACGUUUCUUUUAUGGGACCACUAAAUACCUUCUAUGUUCAGGCAAUUGAGAAGUUCCUACGAAAUAACCCAGGAAGAGUUGUAUCUCAAUUUCAAGUGAGCAAACUUUUCGGUGAAGCAUACAUUAAAGCUGCAACUCAGAUGACUGCCAUAAAUGGUUUCAGAAAAUGUGGAAUUGUACCAUUAGAUCCAAAUAUAUUUGACGAUUCUGAUUUUAUUGCAGCUCAAACUACAGAAAUUGCUUUAAUAGAGCCACCAAUAGAUGAAAUUGCUGUAAUAGAUCCACCAAUAGCUGAAAUUGCUGCAAUAGAUCCACCAAUAACUGAAAUUUCUAUAAGUGAGAAUAAAACAAGUAACAAUCAAGAAGAAACCCAACCUUGCUCAUCGUUUACUUUUAGUCCAGUACAUGUCACUCCUAUACCUAAAGCAAGUAUUAAAGCACGGUCAACGAACAGAAAAAAAGGUACAGCUGCUAUUUUAACAUCUAGUCCAUACAAAGCAGAGCUAGAAGCUUCCAAAGCAAUAACACCACCAAAAAAACGCUUAUUUAAUAAAAAAAAACCAUUAUGCAAACGACAAAAAAAGUCUAAAAACACUGCUACUAAUGAUGAAGAUAGUGAUGCUGAAUGUCCAUAUUGUGGUGGAACAUUUUCUCAAUCCAAAUCAAAUGAAGGCUGGGUAAGAUGUUCAAAAUGUAUGAAAUGGUGUCAUGACGGUUGUGCUGAGUGUGAAGGAGACAGCUUCAUUUGUGAUUUUUGUAAGACACUAUCAAAAGUUUAUUAAGUUUUGUAUUUUAUUUUAUUUAGUUACCUACUAAAAAAGUAUUAAGUUGCCAAGUCUAUAAUUUUAAAAAUAUAACCUAACUGAAAACUUAGUUGUUUACAAAAUUGUUAAUGUUUCUACCAAGAAAGGUAAUUACUAAGUCUGAUUAAAUUGUUAAUUUAAUUUAAAAAUAUAACUUAACUGAAAAUUUAGUUGUUUAUAAAAUUGUUAAUGUUCCUACCAAGAAAGGUAAUUACUAAGUCUGAUUAAAUUGUUAAUUUAAUUUAAAAAUAUAACUUAACUGAAAAUUUAGUUGUUUAUAAAAUUGUUAAUGUUCCUACCAAGAAGGUAAUUACUUAGU